GCCCGGUGCCCGCAACCGACAGUGAAAGUCUACGACGUCGUAACGGCGUUAUGUCAGCGCGACCGACGGCGAGCCAGUUGCGCCUGCCGUGUCGCCGCGCGCGCACACCGUAACCCACGACUAAACAUACGAACUCGAUAAGUGACGAGCCAUGUGCGUGUGAAUUAAAAAAAUAUUUAAUUUUUUUUUCAAAAAUGUCUCCUCUAGUGAUUUUAUUGUGUGCCAGCUGCGUUUUGACCGCUGAAUUAAAUUCGAGUGCGAGCAAAGAAAAUGCCCGAGAAGAGAAGCUCCGGAGUGGGCUUAUCGACGCUUUUCAGAACAUCAAGCAAGCGUCCGCAGUGGGCGGCGUAGAGGACGACAGUCUCAACUCAGAUCUCGUAGGAUCUGUAUCUCAUAAUGGGAAUAAAAAUCAUAAAGCACGCGAGGAAAAUUUGGACGUGUUCGCGGACGAGGACGGUCUCACAUUCGCGGAGGCUUUUGGUGACGUGGAGCCGGAGAGACGUGUCUCCAGCACAGAGAAGGCUCACAACGUGCAGCAUAUCGUGAAGGCCAAACACAUCGAGAAGACGACGUCAAAGCCUAACAAAGAUGUGUUAUCCAAACUCACGGAGUCGAUACGAAAUACAUUAAACGAAUCGAAGUUGCAGCUGAGCAACCUUAGCUCGGAGGCGACGAACCACACGGAGUUCGUGGGCAUAGAGAACAUGCUGAGGAUAGUGGACGCGGAGAUUCUAGUGAGCCAGUGGCGCAACCUGCAGCACGCGGUGACUGGACAGUGCCGGGAGGAGCUGCAGCAAUACGUCAACGGCUUGCUCAUGAAGAAACUUUGGGCUUUGAAGAUGGAGGACGCGAGCGGACGAUACACAUCAAUGUUCUAUUGGGGCAAUAACUACUGGACGGGCUCCGCCGAGCUCUGCCAAGUGCUCAACGAACAGCACGAUGUCAGUCCAGCGAAGCUAUACAACAAGAGCGACGGCUCCAUCUUGGCGGAGUGGCGUGACGACGUGUCGAUGUCUGGCUCCGGGCCUCCUUUCGCCACCGCAUUCUACAACGCGCGCCUUCUCAUCACCACAGACCAGCACCAACUCAUCAAAACUCGUCGGACUCUUCAUCUGGGUCUAUGCCUGCCGUACUCGUGCUCGCGGGAACAGGUUGGCGCGCUGCUGAGCGCGGUGAGGUCGCCGGCGCUGCGUCAUACCGUGCUGGCGGUGCGCUCGCCCCAACACGGCGGGUACACCUACAUGGCAGACCCCACAUUCCAGGUUUUGUUAGGAGUAUGCUGCCUGGUGGGCGCGCUGCUUGUGUCAGCAACAGUGUACGACAUGCGGCUGGGUCGUGCUGUGCGCAGACGCCGGCACGCAGCCAACAUGGCCGCUGACACCGCGCACAACGACCACAAGCUUGAUAUCAGCACGCUGGAUGCCAUCACACACGUCGGCGGCAAGUCUAUGUACAACGUGAAUAACAACAUAGCGAUCAGCAGCAACACGUCGGAGGAGCGACUCACCGCGGAGACUGCCUCGCAAGAUGGACACAUCAAGCUCAGUAUAUGGUCGGAGCUGCUGCUGUCGUUCUCCAUGAAGGCGAACGUGCUGCAGAUCUUCGACCAGUCUGUGGGCGCGGACACGGUGCCCGUGGUGCACGGCCUGCGCUCACUCUCCAUGGUCUGGGUCAUCUUUGGUCACACCUGCAUCGUCGUCUUCAAGUACGCAGACAACACCGCACUGCGCGCUAUUCUCGAGAAGAGCUUCUGGUUCCAACUCAUCAUCAGCGCAGUGUACAGCGUUGAUACGUUUUUCUGUCUCGGUGGUAUGCUCGUGUCCUUCCUGUACUUCCGUACGAGUGCUAAAGGCAAGCUGGACCUGCUGACGAAGGGCCGUCGGACCCUCACCUCCGGAGUCAUACAAUUCUUCGGACUCAUUGGAUAUAGAUUUGCCAGAUUGACGGCUCCGUACCUGUUCAUGUUGGGCGUGGUGGAGGUGACGAUGAAAUGGUUCGCGCACAACGCGGUGUUUGAGCCGCCGGCACCAGACCACGAGACCUGCCCGCAGUUCUGGUGGCGGAACCUCCUCUACAUCAACACUCUAUUCCCUGUCGACCAAAUGUGCAUGUUGUGGAGUUGGUACCUGUCUGAUGACACACAAUUCUAUGCAGUCAGCGCUAUUUUACUCAUUUUAGCAACAAGCCACUUCAAGUUGUCAGUGGGUCUGACAGGCGUGUUCUUCCUGUCGUCGCUGGCCACCACAGGUUAUGUAUCUUGGAGCAGCGAGCACGUGCCCAGCACUGAGGAUCCCUUCACGCAGUUCGACAAGAUCUACGACAAGCCCUGGACACGACUCGGGCCCUACCUCGUCGGCAUGGCCACCGGCUGGAUACUCUUCAAGACUAACUUGAAAAUUAGAAUGAAUAGGAUAUGGUCGUACGUGGGCUGGGUGGUGUGCGCGGGCACGCUGCUGUUCCUGAUCUUCGGUCUGUACCGGGUGGAGCUGAGUGUGGGCGCGGCCGCCGCAUACAGCGCGCUCUCGCACUCGCUCUGGGCCGCCUGCAUCGGAUGGAUCAUCAUCGCUUGCUCCACGGGACAUGGAGGGUGGGUGCGAGGUCUGCUGUCGGCGCCGGUGCUGUACCCGUUCUCCCGCGUGACGUACUGCGCGUACCUGGUGCACCCGGUGGUGCUGCGCUACGUCGCCAUGCACCUCACACAUCCCAUACACCUCGGCGAGCUGCUCGUCUUCGUGUUGUUCCUGGGUUUGACAGUGAUGUCAUAUUUCUUCGCAUUCGUCAUCUCGGUGGCAUUCGAGGCUCCCAUCGUGACCAUGCUGAAGAUCCUCGCGCCGCAGAAGAAACCCCAUAGAGUUUGAAGUAUACUCCUUUCACAUAAAGACUGGAAUGAGGAAACUGGAAUUUUAACUAUAAAUUCAAAGUUUUAAUCAAAUUAAAGUAAAAAGUCUAAGUCUAAGGAUGAUGGCUAAGUUUAAUGUAUAAAAAUCUUGAUUUAAAAACAACAGUUGUGAGCAACAAUAUUCUAUUGCUUUAUUUAACUAUUUUUUACAACUUGAUCACAAACGAAA